GCACCAUCAACCCCUGCUUGGGAGUUUCUCGACUUGGCGGGUUUCCAACCACAUUGUUCCCACGCUUUUCUGGAUCCCAUCGUCGUCUGCACUUUUUUAUUUUUCCUUCCAUUCUGCCCGCAUUGCAGGACCUUGCAUUCCUGUAUUUUAAUAUACAAUUGAUCGUCCUCGUGGGCAUACGGCCGGCUUCGUUGUUGCACUUGAUACCCCCAUCUCCCCACACAUACAAGGUAGCUCCCGCGCUGCCUCGAACCACCCACGAUGCGUGUGUCGCAAGCUCCCCUGAGCUCGACGCUCGCCCUCUUGCUCGGUGCAAGCUUCACACAAGCUCAAUACCUCAUCAACGAGCUCAGCUUCGGCUACUCUGGCAGCAUAUCACCAAACAAUGACGGCCACGUCCCCAACUUUGUCCUCCAGGGACAACCGAACCAGCCCGAGAUCCUCUCCAACAAGAUCAUCCUGACGCCCGUGGCGCCCGGCAACCAGCGCGGCUCCAUCUGGAGCACCCAGAAGGUGAUGCACCAGAACUUCAUCGCCGACAUUGACUUCCGAGCCAACGGCCCCGAGCGCGCUGGCGGCAACCUCAACAUCUGGCUCACCAACGGCGGCUCUGCCGACGUCGGCAUGAGCUCCGCAUACACGGCCGGCCGCUUCGACGGUCUCGUCCUCGUCGUCGACGGCUACGGCGGCACCGGCGGUAUGGUGCGCGGCUUCCUCAACGACCGGUCCACCGACUACAAGGCCCAGAGCGACAUUAGCCCCCUUGCCUUUGGCCACUGCCAGUACCACUACCGCAACCUCGGCCGUCCCAGCCAGAUCAAGCUGCGCCAGACCGACCGCGCCUUCAAGGUCGAGAUUGACGGCCGCCUGUGCUUUAAGAGCGACAAGGUCAAGAUCCCCACGGGCUACACCUUUGGUCUGACGGCAGCGAGCGCCGACAACCCAGACUCGUUUGAGAUUUUCAAGAUGGUCGUCAUGUCCGAUAGCCUCCACGCCGGAGAGCAGCAGCAGCAGCAGAACCAGGGGCAGCAGCAGCAGCAGCAACAGCAACAGCAACAGCAGCAGCAGGCACACGAGCAAAAAGCCAACCACGGCCAGCCCAGCAACCCGCGCAGCGGCAACGACGAACCCGUCGACCUCAACGCCAUCCCCGACUCCAACGCCGACACAAUCACCUCGUCCAAGGCGCAGUUCGCCGACCUGCACAACCGCCUGCAGUCCGUCAACCACAUCCUCGGCACGAUCUUCAGCGCCGUCAACAAGUUCGGGCAGCAGGCCGAGAACCGCCACGCCGAGACGUCGCAGCUGCUCGACUCGCUCCGCACCGAGCUGCGCAAGCUCGAAAAGAUCAACGACCUCGAGGGCCGCAUCAACGGCCUCGAGCGCGAGAUCCGCGCCAUGCGCACCGACCUGAACCUCCAGAUGAAGAGCACGGAGCACUCCCUCAAGGGCUACAUGGAGGGCCACCACGCCACCCUCUCGUCCAACAUUGUCAAGGCCGCCCCCGGCCACGGCAAGCUGAUUGCCGUCAUUGUCGGGUCCCAGGUCGUCCUCGCCGUCGGGUACCUGCUGUACAAGAGGAGAAAGAACUCGAUGCCCAAGAAGUACCUGUAAAUGAAGGGGUGAGAGGGGUGACGGGAGGUCGCAGACGGCGCGGAGAUGUCGUUUGGUACGUAGUCGUGCGCUUGCUGCGGCUGUGGCGGUCUCGCAGCAUUAUGACGAUGGCCGGUGGCAGUCAGAUGAUUCGCUUUACCCUCACUUGUAUAAGAAGUGAUGACAUGAACGACGGGAUAUAUGCAGUGGCCGUGGCCUGCGGCGCUAGACGAGGUGGUGAUGGGAUGAAGUAAAGAUACAUAAAUAUCGAAGCGAAAAUGUUUAAAGUUCAACAUAUGGUCUCGGUCGUUGGAGUGAAUCCGUGUCUGCUGAUCACCGGGGUGAGAGUGACAAGCCAGUAUUGGCAGGACCAGCCAACGACCAUGAUGGACGUCCACAAAGCUUCCAAGCCCAGGUUCGUGACAUGCUACAUUCCCCAAGGGGAGGGUUAUCUCUGGUAGUGGUCCCGCCCUCGCAAUGUUGGCGUCGCAAAUUGUGUGCUGCUCCACGG